UUUGGUCUGAUGAGGUAUACAAAAUAAGGCCCCCACUGCACGUUCGUUCUCUAUUAAAUCUCUGUCCGAUUUCAUCAAACAAUUCCGACAUGGAUUCCGGCCGCAAACAACCAACCACCGUCUGCCACGUAGUGGCCAUGCCCUAUCCCGGCCGGGGCCACGUCAACCCCAUGAUGAACCUCUGCAAGUUGCUAGCUUUACAAAACAGCAACGUUCUCAUCACCUUCGUCGUCACAGAAGAGUGGCUCGGUUUCAUCGGUUCGGAACCAAAGCCGGACAACGUUGUCUUCGCCACAAUCCCCAACGUUAUCCCAUCGGAGCUGGUCCGCUCAGCCCACAUGGUUGACUUCUUCGAAGCUCUCAUGACCAAAAUGGAAGCUCCGUUUGAUCUGCUCGUGGAUCGGCUGGAGCCGCCGCCGAGUUUGAUACUGGGUGACACUUACCUGCCUUGGGCAGUUCGUGUCGGCAACCGGAGGAGGAUCCCGGCGGCGUCGUUUUGGCCGAUGUCGGCGUCCGUUUUCUCGGUGUUCCAACAUUUUCAUCUUCUUAAGGAAAAUGGUCAUUUCCCUAUUGACUUGUCGGAAAAGGGCAAUGACCGUGUGGAUUACAUCCCUGGAGUUUCUUCUACACCAAUCCAAGACUUUCCCCCUUUGAUGCAUGGAAAAAACCCAACUAUACUCCGUGUCGUUCUUGAAGCAUUUUCCUGGGUACCUAAAGCACAAUACCUCUUAUUCUCAUCCAUCUAUGAGCUUGAAACCGAAGUCAUUGACGUUUUAAGAUCAGAAUUCUCACUACCAAUUUACACAGUUGGCCCAUUAAUACCUUACUUCAAAGCUAAUGACCACCUGAGUAAUGUUGACCAUUCACAAUGGCUAGAUUCUCAACCUUGUAGCUCGGUCUUGUACAUCUCCAUGGGAAGCUUUUUGUCAGUUUCUAGUGCCCAAAUGGAUGAGAUUGCAGCUGGUUUGCACAAAAGCAGUGUCCGGUUCUUCUGGGUGGCUCGUGCUGAAACCGAUAGGUUACGAGAUGUUUGUGGUUGUAAGGGGUUAGUAGUGCCGUGGUGUGACCAAUUGAGUGUAUUGAACCAUUCUUCCAUAGGGGGUUUCUUGACACAUUGUGGGUGGAACUCAGUUAAAGAAGGUGUUUCCGCUGGUGUUCCUUUUCUUACCUUUCCAUUAAAUAUAGAUCAAGGUAUGAAUAGUAAGGCGAUUGUGGAGGAUUGGAAGAUUGGGUGGAGGGUGAAGAGUACUGAGGCUAAAAUAGAUCAUUUGGUGACGAGCGAGGAAAUUGCAGGGUUGGUGAAGAAAUUUAUGGAUUUGGAGGAUGGGGAAGGGAAAGACAUGAGGAGAAGAGCCAGAGAGUUUCAGCAGAUAUGUCAUGGUGCAAUUGCAGAGGGUGGAUCAUCUGAAAGUAACAUUAGCGCCUUCAUUAGUGACAUUUGUUAAGGCCAUGAGCAUUAAUAAAACUACUUUCCUGUUUAAUGUGAUAAGAGUAAAAGCUUGUAUUUCA